UCGAGCGUGAUGACGUACUUCCGGUUAAAUAUCAAACCUGCCGACUGCGUUGACAGUUGACAGCUAACCGGACGCUGGGUUCAUAAAGUCGUCAGAACAAGGCCAGCGAUGUCGUUCAUAUUUGACUGGAUCUACAGGGGCUUCAGCAGCGUCUUGUCGCUUUUAGGAUUGUACAAGAAGAGCGGCAAGCUGGUGUUCCUCGGACUAGACAAUGCUGGGAAAACGACGCUACUGCACAUGCUCAGAGAUGACAGGCUGGGACAGCAUGUACCCACGCUACAUCCAACGUCUGAGGAGCUCACCAUCGCUGGAAUGACCUUUACCACAUUCGACCUUGGAGGACACACGCAAGCACGAAGGAUCUGGAAAAACUACCUGCCAGCCAUAAACGGCAUCGUCUAUCUGGUGGAUUGCGCCGAUCACGAGCGGCUCGCCGAGGCCAAAGUAGAGCUGGAUGCUCUUUUAACCGAUGACACCAUCUCCAACGUCCCGGUUCUCAUCCUGGGAAAUAAAAUUGAUCGUCCGGAGGCCAUCAGCGAGGACGCGCUGCGAGGGAUGUUUGGUCUGCACGGACACACCACAGGAAAGGGCAACGUGUCACUGAAGGAGCUCAACUUGAGGCCAAUGGAGGUUUUCAUGUGCAGCGUUCUGAAGAGACAAGGAUACGGAGAAGGCUUCCGUUGGCUGUCUCAGUACAUCGACUAAAUCAAGGCUUCCUCUGACUUACAGAACCAAAACACACAGAUAUUCUUUCACUAUGCGCACGUGAAGUGGUUUAACAUUCAGGUGACGCGUAAGUCAAUUCUACCUUUAGGUGCCAUGUAGAAGGUGUCAUCGCCGCAAGUCAUUUUCUAAACCCGGGCUUAUUUUUAGCCGCUGGUGUUGACUUACACCAAAGGCAUGCUUUAGUGCAGUUGACUUAAUAAUAUUUGCUGUAUGCAAUGUUGUGGUGGGUUAUUUACAAUCUGAAACCGUGACUUUUUGCUGUGAGAGCAGUGUUAUGCUACGUAAUGGCAUGGACAGGCUUGUGAUGUUUUCAUUGACAAGACUGGAGUACUUUGUGAUUAGCAGCUGCAAACAACAUGCACUGACAUUAUGAGAGUACUUCCUCAGCUUGAAAUACUGCAGCCGAUAAAAAGUAAUACAUGCAACAGUUUUAUUUUUCUACGUAAGAUAUUUUGUACAAAUGCUAUUAUUUAUGAGGUCUUCAUGGAGCAAUCGAGCUGUUACAAAAGUUGGUAUCAAGUUUGAUGGGAAUAAACACUACAGUCGUUUA